AUGAUGUCUAAGAAAAAGAAAGUUAAAGUUUACAAUACAAAGAAAAAACAUGUUCCCGAUACAAAAAUAAUCACAGAAUUACAAUCAAAGUAUAACAACAUUGAUGAAACAAAGGCAGUCAAAUUUACAGAUCUUCCACUGUCACCGAAAACUUUAAAAGGCUUAGCAGAAAAUAAUUACAUUGAGAUGACAGAUAUACAGAGACAAAGUAUUGGAUUGGCAUUACAUGGGAAUGAUAUUUUAGGAGCAGCAAAAACUGGCAGUGGAAAAACCUUAGCAUUUCUUAUUCCUGUCUUGGAAAUUUUAUACUGUAAACAGUGGACAAGGUUGGAUGGACUUGGUGCACUCGUCAUUACACCAACAAGAGAACUUGCUUAUCAAAUAUAUGAAACAUUACGCAAAGUUGGGGUGCAUCAUGAUAUAUCUGCUGGUCUUAUUAUUGGUGGAAAAGAUUUAAAGUUUGAAAAAAAACGUAUGGAUCAGUGUAACAUUAUUAUAUGUACACCAGGACGUUUAUUACAACAUAUGGAUGAAAAUCCUUUAUUUGAUUGUGUAAAUAUGCAGGUAUUAGUGUUGGAUGAGGCUGACCGUUGUUUGGAUAUGGGUUUUGAACAAACUAUGAAUUCUAUUAUAGAGAAUUUGCCUCCAAAAAGACAAACUCUUUUAUUCUCUGCAACUCAAACAAAAUCUGUCAGAGAUUUAGCCAGAUUAAGUUUGAAAGAUCCAAUGUAUGUAUCUGUUCAUGAACAUGCUACACACACUACACCUGAAGCUCUCCAACAAAGUUAUGUUAUUUGUGCUUUAGAAGAUAAAAUAGCAAUGUUAUGGUCGUUUCUACGAAAUCACUUGAAACAAAAAGUUAUUGUAUUUUUUUCUAGUUGUAAACAGGUAAAAUAUGUAUAUGAAGUGUUCUGUCGAUUGAGACCUGGCAUAAGUUUGUUAGCUCUUUAUGGUACGUUACAUCAACUCAGGAGAAUGGAAAUUUAUGAAACUUUCUGCAAAAAACAGUUUGCAGUUUUAUUUGCCACAGACAUUGCAGCUCGUGGACUAGAUUUUCCUGCUGUAAAUUGGGUUGUACAAAUGGAUUGUCCUGAAGAUGCAAAUGCAUAUAUACACCGUGCUGGUAGAACAGCUAGAUUUCAAAUGGGUGGUGAAUCUUUAUUAGUUUUAUUAUCCUCUGAAGAAAAAAUGGUUGAGAAACUCAGGGAACGCAAAAUUCCAAUAUCCAUGAUCCAAAUAAAUCCGACCAAACUACAAAAUCCACAACGUAAAAUGGAUGCCUUAUUAGCAAGGGAUGUAUCACUGAAAGAAAGUGCUCAAAGAGCAUUUGUAGCAUACGUGAAAUCAGUUUUUUUAAUGAAGGACAAAGAAGUUUUUAAUGUUCAUGCAUUAAACACUGAUGCAUAUGCGAGAUCAUUAGGAUUAGCUAUACCUCCAAGAAUACGAUUCCUACAAAGAAUGGAACAAAAACGACAAUCGUAUAAUAAAAACAUCAAAAACAAACAGCAAGUUGUUACAAAUAAUGAACUGGAUAAAGGCAUACAUAAGAAAAAUGAUCCUAAUUUUUCUGAUGCUACCGAAUUGGAGGAAAAUGAAGAAAAUAUCACGGAUCAAAAAAUGAAUACAAAUGAUUUUGCAUUUGAUGAUAGUGAUGAUGACGAUAUAUUGACUGUAAAAAGAAAGAAUAUAGACAUUGAUGAUAUACCUGAAAUACCCACAAACGACGAUGAUUUGGGUUCAAAUAAAAAGAAAACUGUUACGAAAGCUGCAAUAGCUAAGAAGAUUCUUAGAAAGAAAAUAGUACCAAAUAAGAAAACGACUUUUAACGAAGAAGGAGAGGAAGUGCUGGAUCCAGCGAAAGUUAAGAUUUCAGAAUUAGCUAGACAAUAUGAAGCUGAAACGGAAUCUGGUAUUAACAUAGAAAUGGCCAAGCAAAUAUUACGCGAAGAAGAUAAGUUUGAUAAGCAACGCUUCAAACAAAAAAUAAAAGAGAAACAUAGAAAAGAAAAACAAAAAUUAAAAGCUAGUAAAAAGAAAGUAGACAAAGAUGAAGUUAGUGAUGAAGAUGUGGAAAAUAGCAUUGACGAUGACGCUAAUGAUAGCGACCAGAAUGAACUAGAUAUGUCGUGGUUACCAGAUCCAGAUAAAAUUUAUGGUAAAAAAGAAGAAAAUGAUACAGAAGCGUUAGACAUUACUGAACUAGAGGAGGAUGAGGAGGAAAGCAAAAUUCAUAGGCCUCCUAAAAGAAAACUUAUAACACAGGAGGAAUACAAAAAAAUAAAGAGAAAACAAAAAACAUUAUGUGAAGUAGAGAACACACACUUAAAAGCGGACGAGGAACUAGCAUUACAACUUUUACAAAAUUAAAU